ACUAAAUGCAACGUCCCGGAUGUGUGAGAUUCUAUGCAUAUAUAAUAAAGUGAAGGCGGGACAAGCCGUUUAAAUCAGAGAAGGCAAAGAGGUUAAAUAGAUUAAAAGCGAGCGCAUAUUUUCAACCAAAUAAAACACAAUGGCUGGUGGCAAAGCAGGGAAGGACUCCGGCAAGACCAAGACAAAGGCUGUUUCGCGCUCACAGAGAGCGGGUUUACAGUUCCCCGUCGGUCGUAUCCACAGGCAUCUGAAAUCAAGGACCACGAGUCACGGGCGUGUAGGGGCGACCGCGGCCGUAUACAGUGCAGCCAUUCUGGAGUACCUAACUGCCGAGGUCCUGGAGUUGGCAGGAAACGCUUCUAAGGAUUUGAAAGUGAAGCGUAUCACGCCGCGCCACUUGCAGCUAGCAAUCCGCGGGGACGAGGAGUUGGAUUCGCUCAUCAAAGCGACAAUCGCCGGUGGUGGUGUCAUCCCACACAUCCACAAGUCUUUGAUUGGGAAGAAGGGACAGCAGAAGACCGUUUAAAACUUUUGCUGUGCCGUUUAAUCUAUCUCAGGACAAAAUGUUGCUUCAAAAUGGCUGUUCUUUGUUCUUAAGAUUGUUUUGCUUUGUCCUUGACUUUUAACAAAUACCUGUAGCUUCACGCCUCAUUUCUGAGAUAUUUUAAACAAAAGUUGGCUUCAAAGAAGCUUGGUUUUUAUUUUUAGGCUUGAGUUGGGGUACUGUAGGUUUUUUUUGUUUUGUUUACACUAUAUAUUUAAUGCAUACGCCUGAUACUGACCAGUUGUGCUGUUUGCUUUAAAUACAAAUCGUGUGAUUGAAGUUAUGUAUUGGAAUAAAGCUCAAUAAAGUGCCCAUUUCUUUA